GCCGCCACGAUCUGCGAAGCGAUAAAUCGCUGUGAAAUUGUCGAAUCAUUCGCGAACGAUUUUCUAAUAGGUGAAACCAGUUGAUAUAAUCGGCCGGUUACUUCAGGUUCACAGUUCAGUCUUCAUUGUGGACUCGGAGGUGGAAUCAUGGGAACUUAUAGAAGGUCGAUGGCCAUUUGGCUGUCGCUGUUUCUUUACUUGCUGGAGCAAUCAAGAACAUCAAAAGCAGGACUGCAGAGAAAUUCGAAAAACGGCGUAGAAAAUAUCUUACUGGAGGAGAUUGUUCUUGCUAGAAGAAAUAACACGACGAAACUUCUCGGUGCAGCUGCCAUUGAAAACCCCAUCAAAGCAAAUGAAAGAAUCCUCUCUUUGAUCAACGGUAAAAGCGACCUUGUUUUCCCGAAUUAUAAUCCAGUUCAAGAUCAAAGUAUAGCACAAUCUCAAGCCAUGAUCGUUAGCUUGAAUGACACAAAGGAUUUGGAAAAUCUCGAUCAUGUUUUGGCUUUUAGUGGAUAUGAACCUCAAAAAGUAAACCUUAGGAACGACAAACGUAAAAUUUUGGACAGCUUCAACAAUGAUCGAGUCACAUCAAGUAGACAACCUAAAACUACAGACUCAACUACGGUCUUACCUUAUGUGAAAAUGCAGUACAGUGUUCCUCGAAGGUUACAAUCGAAUAGAAGAAAUUCUAACGAAGGAAAUCAUCCUUCCACGGCUUUCUACCAGAAAGUGUCACAACCUAUCAUCCAAACAGAUCCUAAUGUUAUUGUUGUUAAUACGGAAACAUCGAGCAAAAAGUUCGCAAUUAAGAAUCCUGCAUUGCCUAGAAUGUAUAAAUCUGAAGAAGAAUUGAGUAAUAUCGAAGUAACAAAGCCAACGUACCACAUACCAACGCGUAAAAUAAAGAAUGAUGAAACGAAGAUUAAAAAAGAUAUCGAAGAAAACGUGAGUGUUCGUCCGAAGUUAAAAAAAAUGAGAAAGAAAGUGAAAAUUUUUAACGUCGUGACAUUACCGCUUGUCACAACGCCUUUGAGUGUUUAUAAUUAUACAGUAUUAAACAGAAUGGUCAAUAAUCAUAAAUCAUUGUUAGAAAGUCCAAUAGUGCAACCUAUUGCAUCUCAAAAAAUUAAUGAUAUUGUUUAUCAAAACGAUUCACUAGCGAGCAAUAACCAACCUGAUUUAAAACGACAAGAAUCAGCCUCAAAGUCGGAUAGUGAGCUCGGUAUAUCGAAAAAGUAUACCGCUAUACCAACACCUUUUUCCUAUUCAACAAAACAUUCUGGAAAUGUUAAACAAGUUCAAACCACGUCGAUUAAUUCUGUAACUCCGAAAAACAUUAUUGGAACGAAAGAAAGUCUCAUAGCAAGUGAUUCGAAAGUAAAUCCUGUAUCAAAUUACGAAGAUAAAAUAAAUCUUCUCGGUGCUAAUCAGGAAACUAGAUAUAAUUACAGGAAGGAAAGUCCAACCGAGAAACAAAGAAAAAAUUAUGAGAAAUUUGAGUCGAAUAUCAAUGAUGCGUCAUCUUCGAGAUCUAACUUAAUGAGUGAGGAAUCAAUUGACAGUGAUGAAAAUAUCGAAAAAUCUAACAAACGUACUCAACACAGAAAUGAUUUGUACGAAGUAUCGGAAUCGGCAUCGUUAGAAGAUGACUCUGAGUCUAACUCUGACAAUGCAGAUUCUGAUCAUUUUGAAUCGUACGAAUUUCCUGAAACAUCUAAAAAGAAAGAUGAUUACUACGAUAAUCCCAACAAAAAAGAUGUAGAUCAUUCACAAGAUGUAAAACGUCAUGAAGGUGAUCAACAUUAUGAAACCAGCAAUUUAAAAAAAAUUGAUCGUGAUAAUAAUUAUGAAGAAACCAAACAUGAAGAAAAUCUGGAUCACGUUAGUGAGGAAUAUCAAAUGAAAAAUAAUAACCAAGAUGAUGAUCAAGAUGAAAAUAGUGCUCAUAAUUAUAAAUAUGUAAAAAAAAGUGAAAGUAGUGCUGGUAAUAGUGAUGGUGGAGGAGGUGAUGGUGAAGGAGAAAAAGAAUUUAUAAAAGGUGGUGAAGUUGAACAAAAUGAAGAUUAUUAUAAGAAGCAAGGAAACAAGGAAGAAAAGGCCUACAAGAUCUGGCACGAACAUGACAAAACCAAGAAAGGUUAUCACGACAAAGAACAGCAUAAUAAGGAGUACGAAGAAAAGGAUGGAGAAAAAAAAGAACACGGAGAAGAUGGCGAAUACUAUCAAGACCACUAUCAAGACGAGAAGGGUAAAAAGGAAGCAGAAUUUAAUGAAAAAGGCGAACACAAGAAAGGUCACAAUACCAAAGGCGAACAUUCGGUACACAAAAAGGACGAGUACGAAAAAAAAACCGAAUUCUUUGAUGAAUUUCACGAAGAUGGCGACAGCGAGAAAGAUGGAGGAUAUUAUAACAAGCAUGAAGCUGAAAAAGGUGGUAAAAUGAAAUCCGGCCAUUAUGACGAAGCUUUCAAAGAAGAUAAGUAUGGAAACUCGAAAGAAUACAAAGAGAGUGAAUAUCAUGAUGAAGAGAAGGGCAAGGGCAGUAAGGAAGGCCAGGAAAGUCACUAUGAUCACGAAAAGAAGUAUAAGGAAAAAGGUGCUCAUGAAAGUGGAAAGAAGUGGAUGAUGGACAGUGGCAAUGGUGGUGAUGGAAAAAAUGAUGGCGACGGAGGUAGUGGUAAUGAAAAAGCUGGUGAUGAUCAUAAUCAUAGGCGUUAAUCAUAUAAAGAUCAUAGGGAAAUAGUUAACGCGAAGUGAUCAAUAGAAUAAAAUAUGAUUAUCGUGAUUCUCGAUAAAUUUGAAAUAUUUUCACGAACGAUCCACAUUUAUUUUUCUAUCUUGAGUGAUAAAUUUUAUUAUUAUAUUUCUUUUUAAA